AUGAAUACCAAGAAGGGGUCAGAGAAUGUUCAGCCAUCUUCUAAACAAACCGUACUUAGUGGAUUGAAAACAGCAUCAUCGUCCAAUGUAGCUUCACAAAACAAUAUUCACCUGGUGCGUGAGAGAACUAAAGUACGAGCCUCAUCAGCCAAGAACUAUGACAUACCUUCAACUAUCCUUGGUGGAUCUACUGAUGUAGAAGAAUUAUUUCUGAAUUCUGCAAAGAAUGGGAACUCUAGGAGACUUGAACAACUUCUACAGCAGAGCAGUGACAUUGGGUUGAACAUCAACUGUGUGGAUAAAAGAACUGGCAACACUGCCUUGAUUUGGGCUUCCAAAAGGGGGCAUUCUAAGGUUGUUGAACUAUUGCUGAGACAUGGAGCUGAUGCAACCUUGUGCAACUAUGAGACACAGACUGCUCUGGAGACAGCUUAUUUACCAGUCAAGACCAUCAUCUUGGAUUGGAUAGAUUCCCAGGAAGAAUUGAAUGAAAGACUUCUUCUCCAGGCAGCCUGGCAGGGAAACUUGUCUGUUGUUAGGAAAGUGCUGCAAAACAAACAGAAAAUUAAUGUCGACUGUCACAAUGCAGAAGGAUUGACACCACUGAUACUUGUAUGCAGAGAUAUGCAACUUUUCGAGCGCCUCAGUUCUCAACUCAACAGACUUUACAGUCCAGUUCAGGUGGCUGAGGAGUUAAUGAAAGGCAAAGCGGAUGUUCAUGUGACUGACAGCAAUGGGAGGUCAAGUCUGCAUUAUGCAUCACAGUCCCAUGCUGGUUCUGCAGAGGCUCUAACAGUUGCCUUUGUUGAAGGAGGUUUGGACAUAGAACUCUGUGAUAAGCAUCUGUUAACCCCACUUCAUGUGGCAGCCCAGUCAGGAAACACUGGAAGCUUGGUUGCUCUGGUUGACAGAGGAUCUGAUGUGAAUGCUAAGGGUUUUGCUGGUCUUACACCUCUACACAUGACAGCUUUUAACGAUCACCACACAACGGCCUUGACUCUGCUCAAGUAUGGUGCAGAUGUCACUAUCACAGAUGACCAUGGUUUGACACCAUUUGAUGUUGCCAAAACCAGGAAGAUGAAACAUACACUCAAGGAGGCCUUGAUGGCAGCAAAGAAAGGCAGUGCUCCCUCAACUGAUGAUGCUGUCAAUAUAAACACUAAGCCUGUGAUAGCAGAGGUAAUGAUGUCAGCAGAAGAAUUUGUUGGAAGAAAUCAAAAUUAUUUUGUGUUUCCAAGACUAAGGAGUCAUUUAGUUUGUUGUUAUUCUAAAUUACUUUCUAAUAUAGACAGAUGUAAACAGAUGGAAAGAAAAAUCCUACAAAAGGUUGAAGUAAUAAAGGCGCCUCCUCUGGUAUUGCAAAGAGAGACUACCCGAAUGCUGGGUACAACAAGAACCAAGAUCUUACCACAGAUUGGGCGGAGCAAAAGCCCAGAAAAUCACAGUAAAGUUUCACAAGAUGAAACAGAUUCAAGACUUUCUCUUUCAAGAAGAUCCAAUGGGUUACAUAAGUCAUUAGAAGACUCCAGAAAUAAACUUAAUACAGAAGAGAGCUCUAUUUUGGAAAUUGGAAUAU